AUGCCGCGUAUCGACGAGCUGUUACAGUCAACCAAGAAGGGCUGUGUGAUGAGCUCGCUAGACCUCCGUAGUGGGUACUGGCAGGUUAGUACUGCGGACAGGGAUCAAAACGGCCUUCGUAACACCUACCGCUACCUUGGGACCUACCGAUUCACGCGUAUGCCGUUUGGCCUGAAGGGGUCUCCGGCAACGUUCCAGCGACUCAUAGAUCGCUUCCAAUCAGGACCUUCACUUGGUGGUAGGCAUAUUCUAGGUUAUCUUGAUGACCUAUUAGUAAUUUCAGAGAACUUUGAGUACCAUUUGUCUGAUUUACGUGCGGCAUUUGAGCGUCUUCGGAUGUUCAAGUUAAGAGCCAACCGCGAAAAGUGCGUGUUCGCCAGAGACCGACUCAAAUACCUAGGUCACGUGAUAUCCAACGACGGUAUAUCUCCAGACGAAGAUAAGGUGCGUUCAGUCCUAGAUAUGAAAGAACCGACUAAUCUCCAGCAACUUCGUACCUUCCUGCAAACUUGCUCUUGGUUUAGAAAGUUCAUACCGGAGUUUGCGAAGGUAGCUGAACCGCUUACGCGCUUUACCAAAAAGUCACAGAUCUGGCAAUGGGGAGAUGAUCAGCCCAAAGCCUUCGUACAUCUUAAGUCCCUUCUGGCUUCACCACCCAUUCUUGUUCAGCCAGACUACUCGAAGCCAUUCAUCCUUAGGACGGAUGCCAGCGAUUUUGCACUAGGUGCAGCUUUACUUCAGGGGUAG